AUGGAAAAGCACUGCCUGCUGUUUCUGCUGAGCCUUGCCCUGUUGCUGGGCUUCCUGCAAGCUUUGACGUGUUUCACGUGUUCUAGGCUGAAUGCUGAGGGGAUUUGUGAGACAGGAGAAGGUUGCUGUACGGCUAAACCUGGUGAGAAGUGUGCCUCACUCUUAUUGCUCAGAGAUGGAAAAACCCAAUUUGGAGUCCAGAGAUGUGCUGAAAUUUGCUUCAAUGGGGUUGUUGUGAAUAACGACAGGACAAUCAAAAUGGAAUGUUGUAAUGGCACCUCAUACUGCAAUAGUCUAAAAGUCUGA